UCAAAGAAACCUCAAAGAAAAGAAAGGGACUAGACCCAGCUGCUUUGAUUCCCCCCCCAUUAGCUAUACUGUUGUUUUUUCCUCUUCCUAUAUAUUUAGCCUCAUCCUAUAUCAUCUUCUUCAACAAAUCCCUAUACCCUUUCUCUUUCUCGUGGCAUUAUUGAGUCCCAGGUGAAAUCCACCUGUUUUCAAACACUUUUUGGCCUGUUACCUGUCUUUCUUCAUCAACCUCAAUCCCCACAAUUUUACAAAUUAUAAUAUUAAUCUUACACCUUUCAGCUUAUCAUUUAUUGUUCAUCUUCCCCUACUUGUAAGACAUUCCAUCCCCCUUUGCUUUCUUUUCUCGUUUAUUGUCGUCCUGAAAACUCUUUCAGCUUCCUCUCCUUUCUUCAGAAAUCUUUGUAUUUCAAAUUACUCUUUCCCUUUGUUUUUCCUUUCGUUCGACUACUGUUCUUGAAGCUAUAUCUAAAACCCUUACUAGAAAGUAAAAGGAUCGUCAUAUCUAUUAGUUUUCCAUAUGGAUUCUCUUCAGGAUUUCGAAACCUCAAAUACCAACCCUUCCACUACUUUAACCCCAAAUUUCCCUGCAAACCUUUCCAUCACCACCGUGUCCACCAACAACCACAACACAAACCCUUUAUCAGCCAUGGCCUCGUCCUCGUCCUCCUCCCCUUCCUCCACUUCUCCUUCCACUCUCAGCCGCUAUGAAAACCAAAAGCGCCGUGACUGGAACACUUUUGGGCAAUACCUCCGCAACCACCGCCCUCCUCUCUCUCUCUCCCGCUGCAGCGGGGCCCACGUCCUGGAAUUCCUCCGCUACCUUGACCAGUUCGGGAAAACCAAAGUCCACUCUCCACUUUGCCCUUUCUUUGGUCACCCUAACCCUCCAGCUCCAUGCCCCUGCCCUCUUCGCCAAGCUUGGGGAAGCCUUGAUGCUCUCAUCGGACGCCUCCGAGCAGCCUUUGAGGAACACGGAGGCAAGCCUGAAGCAAACCCUUUUGGUGCUAGAGCUGUUAGGCUUUACCUACGUGAGGUUCGUGAUUCACAGGCCAAAGCCAGAGGCAUAAGUUAUGAGAAGAAGAAAAGAAAGCGACCCCCUCAAGCACCACCUCUUCCACCUCCUAAUGGAAAUCAAAAUCAGUAAAAAAAAAAAAGAACAAGUAAAGACGUGAUCAACGAGCUGCAUGGGAAAAGAACACGGUAUUGCUCGCUCCAUUAAUGGAUAUUACCCUAAAUCUUUAUUAGCAUUUCUUCUUUUUUACUAUGAUUAAAACAGUAGUUGUUUUUAAUUAUAGUAAUAGUAGCAGUGUAUCUAGUAUUUGUAGUAAUUCAGAUCUAUUUGCGACUUAACAUCCAAUUUGUAAUUGAUAUGUACUUUUGAUAAGCCAUUUAUGACAAGUUAUAGAU